AGGCGGUACCUUAAUGCUGAGGAGCGUGUUUCCUCUGGGGACGAGAUUUUGCGUAGCACCGAGUGUCCUCUCCUUUUUUCGUCCCCAUUCCUUCCGAGGGACUGAAGGGGUUAAGCUCGGUUGCUGCCGUCCACGCCGCUGGAGAGAGGCUCCCGGGAAGCGCACUCGGGGGAAGCCGGGUUGAAGGGAUCGGCACGGAAGAAAGGUUGGUCUUGGGGUGCCCGCGGACGCGGGGAGCAGACGUGUGAGGGAGCAGCGAGGUCGGCGACUCGUUGCACUAGCCUGGACCCGGCCGGAGGGACGCGAGCGAACUUUCCCGGCAGCUGGAGGUGCGGGUGUUAGCACGGCGCCGGAAUUUGCUGGUUACUCGAGGAAGUUGCGGACCCUGGAAGUGUCCGAGGGUGAGACUGACUUGCGUGAGGCUGCUUUAGGUAUUCCAGGAGGUUAGGCUUACUCAGCAUGUUCCCACUGGCUGAAAAAGACAAACCUAUUGCACGGUUGCUGUUCAGUACUGGCACUUGUCCAAGAUGUAUCUUCAGAUUCUGUUGUGUGGAUUUUCAUGCACCUUACAAACUUCUAUACAAGGAAUUGCUUAGGGAGCUAGAAAAUUUCCUGAAAACUGAUGAUGAUUUAACUUUGGAAACCACCAAACCACCCCUCAAGAAGAUUCGAUUGCAAGAUGGUGAGGCUCAAAUUGAUGAUCAGAGUCAAAAUGGUGGGGAAAUUACUGCCAUCAUGAAGGAUGAAAACAUGAUACUUGAGGAGCCAUGUCUAAAUGCAUGCAAUAUAUGCUUGGGAAUUCUGCAAGAAUUCUGUGAGAAGAAGUUUAUUAAAAAGGUGUGUCAGAAGGUUGAGUCUUCUGGGUAUGAAUUCACCAACUUGGUGUUCUCAGUGUCCUUCCCACCACAGCUGUCUGUAAGAGAGCAUGCUGCAUGGUUGCUGGUAAAACAGGAAAUGGGGAAACAGGGCCUAUCACUGGGAAGAGAUGAUAUUGUUCAGCUUAAAGAAGCCUACAAAUGGAUUACUCAUCCUUUGUUCUCGGAGGAGCUGGGUGUUCCUGUUGAUGGAAAGAGCUUGUUUGAAGUAAGUGUGAUCUUUGCUCACCCUGAAACAGAUGAGGAUUGCCACUUCCUGAGCACUUCUUGCCCAGACUGUUUCAAGCCAGCCAGAAAUAAACAGUCUGUAUUCACUAGAAUGGCAGUUGUGAAAGCUUUGGACAAAAUAAAAGAAGAAGAUUUCCGCAAGAAGUUUCCUUGUCCUCCAAAUUCACCAAAGGCUUUUUGCUCUGCUGUCGAAAUUGAAUGUGCACAUGGUGCAGUUUUUAUAGCUGGAAGAUAUAAUAAAUACUCCAGAAAUUUACCACAAACUCCCUGGAUAAUUGAUGGAGAAAGAAAACUGGAGUCCUCAGUGGAAGAAUUGAUUUCCAAUCAGCUAUUGCCAGUAUUUAAAGCGGAGAGUUUUAAUUUUUCAUCAUCUGGAAGAGAAGAUGUGGAUGUGAGAACAUUAGGAAAAGGAAGGCCCUUUGCUGUUGAACUGGUGAAUCCUCGUAGAGUCCGGUUCACCUCACAAGACAUUAAAGAACUUCAGCAGAAAAUCAACAUCUCCUCAGACAAAAUCCAAGUGCGAGACUUGCAGCUUGUUACCAGAGAAGCAUUAGGACACAUGAAAGAAGGUGAAGAAGAGAAGACUAAGACUUAUAAUGCCUUAGUCUGGACAGAUAAAGCAAUACAGAAGAAGGACAUUGAAUUCCUAGACGAUUUAAAGGACUUACAGAUCAACCAGAAAACACCACUUCGGGUUCUUCACCGAAGACCUUUAGCUGUAAGAAUUCGUAUCAUUCACACCAUGGAAACACAGUAUAUAGAUGAGCAUCAUUUUCGUCUCCAUUUGAAGACUCAGGCAGGAACCUAUAUUAAAGAAUUUGUGCAUGGAGACUUUGGGAGAACAAAGCCAAAUAUUGGUUCCCUGAUGAAUAGGACAGCUGAUAUUCUGGAGCUGGAUGUAGAGUCUGUCGAUGUUGACUGGCCACCUGCUCUGGAUGAGUAACUUUCAAGAUGGGAAUCAGAAGAAGAUCUUUGCUAUUAUCCUGCAGAAGACGUCUGUCAGUACAUAUUUAGAUAGGAUAGACUUUUUUCCUUUUUCUCCCUGAAGUGUCCUCGAAACUCACUUGGAUCACAUUGAUCUGAACAGUUUUCUAAUCAUCUAACUUGUACUUUUUCAGACAUUAAGUUGAUCUGAGGAUAUUUUAUUGUGGUUUUUCUUUUCACCCAGUCUAUGAAAUAGUAAUUGAUAAUGCUUUUUUCUCCAAUUCCUUCAUUUUGAGAGGUUUGUAGACUACAAGAUACAUAUGCUGACAUUUAACAGACCCACUAUUCAUUAUUCCAGAAGAAAGUCAAAUUUUCUUCAGUGAAUGAAAUAUACCAAUGUUCCUUUUGUAUUCUAAAUAAAAACGUUCUCUGCUCUUUGAAAUAAAGUCAGCAAUAAGCUAUACAGAGGCUUAUAAAACAUAUGAGGGGGAGGAAGGUAGUGUAGGGGACUGAGUGCUGGACAUGGAGUCAGGAAGACCUGAAUUCAGAUCCAGCCUCAGACAUUUGCUCAUCUGACCCUAAGCAAGUAUCUCAAACUCUUAGCCUGAGUUUCCAAAUAGGAAUAAUAAUAGCAGGGUUGUUGUGAGGAUAGAAUGAGCUAACACAUGUAAAAUGUUAUGCAAAUCGUAAAGCAUCAUAAAUUUCAGCUUUUACUUUCAUCAGAUAAACUUUCUAUGAAGUACAAAGCUAAUCUUAGCUAAUUGAUUUUUUAAGAAUCAUUUGUUAAUUGUAUUAUAAUAUGCUGUCUGGCAUACUUUUUACUAACUAUCCUGUUAACCUAGUAUUGCUAUUUUUUUUCCUGUGGAAGAAAAACAAACUCUAGAGUAACAAUACAUAUAUACAAUAUGUAUAAUGAAUUUUCAAGAUAUCUUUUAAAUAAAAAAGAUUGAGGGCAA